AUGUCGUCAACCAAGGCUGAAGAUGUAUUGAUCACUAUUCAGUGCGAUAACCUUAAGGAGGAGGAGGUCCGCGAGUGGAAGCAUUUUAAGGCUUGGUUGGAACGCCUCAAGAAGAACCUGUCUUUACAACCUGACUCAAUUGAAUCCUACAAACUCAAGUCGAUCACAGUCGAACACUGUACAAGAUUCGGCAAAGCCCUGGGAUUCGUGAAAUUUACAGCUCUCAUCCAAAAUGGUAAGGGAGAGACCUUGUCAGGGACGAUCUUUAUGCGUGGCCCUUCAGUGGGAAUGCUCUUAAUUUUGCAACUGGACGACGCCCAAGGAGAUGAGGGGAAAUACGUGGUCAUGACUGUACAGCCACGUCCAGCCGCCACGAGCAUGAACUUUGUGGAGUUGCCGGCGGGAAUGCUAGACAAUGACACUUUUAAAGGAGCUGCUGCUAAAGAGAUUAAAGAGGAGACAAGUCUUAUCAUUAAAGAAGAAGAAUUGAUCAACAUGAGUGAGUUGGCAAUCAAAGCGACUGAUGCUAGCGACAUUGAAGAGGACUUGCCACGAGCAAUGUGGCCAAGCGCCGGGGGGUGUGACGAGCAGAUCCAGCUUUUUUUGCAUGAACAACGGAUCUCCCAAGAGGAAUUGGAUAAGCUGAAGGGCAAAUUGACGGGACUGAGGGAUGAGGGAGAGAAAAUUAAGUUGAAGUUGGUGAAACUUGAAGAUCUCUGGUGGGAGGGAGCAAGGGAUGCGAAAGCAUUGUGUGCAUUGGCUCUGUAUGAAAAUCUCAAGAAGGCCGGACAGCUUGAUCGUGUGUAA